AUGAACAACCCCGCCUUACCCUUCUAUGAUUCCCAAAAUCCAGGGCCGUACGCUUUCAGCAAUCCCCAGCCCAAUGUCGGCUACGCCAUCCCUCCCGGAACUCCCUUUGAUCAUGCCCAGACUCCAUUUCAGCCGGGCAUGAUCCCAAAUCAGAUCCAGAGGCCCUUAUCCCACCCUCAUCAGGCCCAGCAACCUGUUCCUCACCAUCUCUACCAACAACAUCUCGGCCAGAUCGGUACGGCGCCGCGUCCGGAGAGUCGAUCCAGCUACAGCCCGCAGGCCAAAGGUCAGAAUCUUCUCCCUGACCGUGGACUUGGACAGAGUACUCACUACCAGGCAGGGCAUCCUUCCAAUGGGCAAACUCCUGUCCCCGUCCCAGUGAAUCAAGGAGCCAACCUAACGUCCAGUCCUACCCAGUUACAGACUGUAACAACUUCAGCUCAUCCCUUACCGCCUGCCUCUGCGCCCACGUCACUGGACAUGAACAUGGCAGCAAACAUGGCCCUGGCGGGCCAAUCGAGUUCCACAUUGGCUCAACAAGCCCAAAUUCACAAUGCGACACAAGUCGCUCGUGCUGCUCCGCCCCAGCAGCAUCCACAACAACAGCACCACACAAGCGCUGGUGCGGCCAUCUCAGCGCAGUCUGCUGCGAGGGAGCGAGCACGAGUCUCGGUGUUGCUGGAGAUCAAUACCCAUUUGCUGCAGGAAGUUGUGUCGUUACAGGCCCAGGGAAAGGCGGGAAUCACGUCUAACCAGGGACAACAAUCACCUACCUCGCCCACCUCGGCAACAGAUGCGGCCAACACCAUCACCAAUAGCCCAGGAGAGCCACCAAAAUCGGCAGGAGGGACACCUCAGUCAAAGCCACCAUCACAAGAAUAUGCAGAAUGCAUGCGGCGACUGCAGGCCAAUCUAUCCUACUUGGCCGCGAUUGCGGAUGCCAAAAAGAAGGCCAAUGGAGCCCUGCCUUCGGGACCAGCAAUUAUGAUUCCCCCACCUCAUUUGCCGCAGGUAAAUGAGCUGUAUAAAAGGUUGAACGCUCUGUUCCCAGAGGCAAGCCACUCGGCUAUCAACAAAGCAAUGGCGCAAGCCGCCGCGCAAAACCCGAACACUGGUCCCAAAUCGCAAAUACCGUUCACUUCUGCGCAAGGCUGA